AUGGCUUCCUCUAGCUCAGUCGCUGCUGGUCCUACCGGCUUGUCGUAUCCUUCGGGGUUCGACAUGAAAGCCAGUUGGGCCAAUCUCAGCCCCUACGCCGACGCCUUAGACUUUAAUGUCUCUAAGGGCUUUCCUUCAGAAUGUGAACUUUCACAGGUGCAUGUGCUCCACCGCCAUGCGCAGCGGUAUCCGACACAGUGGCCGCUGGAUGGCGGGGGAAUGGAGGCAUUUGCUCAGAAACUGGCCAACUAUACAAAGAGGCACCCAUCCAAGAAGAUUGGCACCGGUCCUCUUGCCUUUUUGAACGAUUGGGAGUAUAUGCUUGGCUUGAACACACUUCUUCCCACCGGCGCCGCCACUGAAGCCACUUCCGGCGCACUAUUCUGGAGCCAGUACGGCCGGUUGCUUUACCGUGCAGACCGUGGAGAUGCUUCUUGGAAUGCAUCGCUGAAUGUGUAUUCCAAUGGCACAUCACGACCGAAACCCACUUUCCGGACGACAUCCUACCCCCGGAUCUUGGAGAGUGCUCGCUGGUGGCUAAGCGGUUUCUUUGGCAAUACCGGAGCCAAUAGCUCGUAUUCCGAGUACAACUUGGUCAUCAUCCCCGAGGUUGAUGAUUUCAACAACACCCUUUCGGCGACCGAUUCCUGCCCCAAAGGCACAGAGCCGGGUGACAAUGCUGCCGAAGCUUUUGCCCCGACUCUCGUUAAGGACGCCCAUAAGCGCUUCGCUGUAUACUUGCCGGAAGAUCUAAAGCUUGAUACUAUUGACAUCGUUGCCAUGUUUAACAUGUGCCCGUACGAGUAUGCGACUUUGGGCCAAUCUUCCUUCUGUGCGCUCUUUACCGAGAAGGAAUGGCGCGACUUUGAAUAUUUUGCCGACCUCCAAUUCUAUGGCAACUAUGGUUUUGGCUCCCCUAGUGGUCGCGCCCAGGGGAUUGGCUAUGUUCAGGAGCUAGCUGCACGCCUGCAGUCAAAGGUAAUCAUGAGCAGCGACAGCAGCAUCAAUUAUACCUACGAUGACAACACCAAGACCUUCCCGCUCGAUCAGCCGGUGUAUAUGGAUAUGUCUCAUGACGAUAUAAUUGUCUCUGUACUGACAGCUCUGGGCCUGGAUUACUUCAAGUAUAGUCCUCAUGGAAUGCCUACAUCAGUCUCGCAAGCCCCACGUCGCACCUUCAACCUGAAUCAAUUGACCCCCUUCGGUGCCCGCCUGUUUUCCGAGGUCUGGACCUGCCCGAAAGAUAUCUCGUUUAAGAAUCUCCAACCGCAGAAGUACAAGAAUCCAGAUCUAUCGUCUGAGCCCAAUACUACCGAUUAUAUCCGUUUUGUGCUGAACAACGCACCGGUACCUGUGGAUGGCCUCACUGCCUGCGAUGGUUCAGUGAAUGGUUUCUGCCCUGUCGAAAAGUUCCUCAGUUCCAUUCCAGACCUGAACAAGGAGGCUAUGUACCAGGAGGCCUGCUUUGGUGAUUAUAAUAUUACCAGCCAGGUUGGCAAUGGACAGCCUCGGAAUCCUUGA